AUGCAAUAAGAAUAGGAAUAUCCUAAAAAAACAGACAUAGCUCCCUAUUUAGCUUCCAAUUGUGUUGGAUAUCACAAGGAAUAUCCAAAAUCUUUGUAUAAGCAAGUGUUUGAGCCUGACAUUAUAAUGAAACCAAAUUAUAAAGCCAUCAAAAUAUUUGAUCCUUAAGAACUUGUUAGACAUUUGCAAAAACAUUUUCCUUUGAUUAGGAAAAACAUACGAUAAUUCGACGAUUAGAUGAAAAAAUUAAAUCAAACAUUUGGACAUAUGAUCGUAAAUGGUUUUCAUAUUGAUGAUUUCUUGAAAAAGUUCUUUUUUGUUUUGGAUAAAAGAUUGCAUAAGUUCUUUGAUCACCUUGAUUAACACGUUUUCAAAUUGGAUGGAAAAUAAGUAUAAGUAUUAAUUCCAGGUGAUUACCGAAUCGGUGACACUAGACAGCACAUUAGAUAAAAAUUAAUAGAUAUGUCAAACGAUCUUGUAACUAAGUUUGCUUCCAGAAAAACUCCACAAGAAUAUGAUAGAGAAGUUAUAAAAAAAAUUGAUCAAAUUUUAAGAGUCUAUGAAUUAUUGAAGUAUGAUUAAGGAUGGCAUUUUAUAAUUAAUAUCACUAAAUUCAAUCUAGAAGAUCUAUUGGAGAGGGUUUGCAAUAAUGAACUCACCUAAUUUUAAAAAAUAGAUGAAUUGAUUGAAUCCAUGUUUCUUAUUUCAAUGAAAUAAAUUAAGGAUGCUACCGAACAUGAAAAUACAAGUCCACUCUUUGUAUUUAAUAAGGAUGUUGUGUUGUCUAAAUUUCAUUAAAUUAUCAAUGAUAGAUCAGAUCCCUAAAUGUCCACUGAUGAUUUGUAUUACGUAAGUAAAACUGUGUGUAUGAGAGAUAGAAGAAUCAUUUACAACGAAUUCUAUAAUCAAAUUAAUAAGGAACUUAAAGAAAUUGCUCCUGAAUAUUUCUAAUUUGCAACAACAGAAAAAAGCGAAUAUUAGAAGAAAAGAGAAGAACUUCAUAAAAAACUAUUAAAAACUUAAAACGAAUGGGAAUCUUUAAAGGAAGAUGAAAAUUACUAUCUAAUUUAAGAGGAUCGAAUCAAUGAAGAGGAUUUAAGAAAGGUUCCCUUGACAAGUGAGCAAUAGUUACAAUAAUUGUAAAAAUUAAACGCCUUUGCAAACAAAGCUUCCAAUCUAUAAUAUGAUGCAGUCACUUUGUUUAAGGAUAUCUUAGAUCAUAAAGAUGAAUCAAAAGUCUAAAUUGAAACCAAACUCCAAGAGGCUUUGGAGAAGGCAAAAUAAUUUUAUACAAAAAUGACACCUGGUAGAACGCCAUCCUCAAAUUAAAUUAAAUAACACGUAGAUAGUCUUUAUAGUGAAUUAACCAACUUAUUAAACUCGGAUAUCAGUAAGUUUUAAGGAUAAAUGUCAUAAACUGAUAAGUCUGUUGAACAAUAACUUUCUAGAAACAAACAAAAUCCUUAUUUAUAAUAAGUAUAAAAAGAACUUCAAAGGUAACAGCAUGUUAGAGAUCAUAUGUAAAAAGAGCAGGAAAAUGAAAUGAAAAGAAGAUCUGAAUUAGUUAAUGCUUAGGCUGAUUUGAUGAUAAGAUAAUAACAAUAGCGAGAGCUCUUUAAAGAAAAUUAAUCAACCAGACCAACUUAACCUGUAAAUACAGGUAAAAUCAUGGAAGGUAGUUCUAUUACAAAUGAACUUUAUUAUGAAAAAGUAGUUGCAAACUAUCAAAAACCUGAGUUAGAAGGAGGUAAAUAUGAAACAAUCAUAAAUAAAAAUAAGGCUCAAAAGCUUCAUAGCUUGGAUAGAGGGGUAUAUGUUGGUUCUACUCCAUAACAUUAUGUCGAUGAAGUUAUGGGAUAACCAUUAGACCCAAUAAAGUUGAGAGAAGAUAAUGAAAGGAGAUAUAACCAACAAAAAAAACCAGAUCCCGGACAAUAAGCACGCAAGGAUCCACCUAGAAAGCCUGAACCUCCUAGAUAAGAACCACCCAAAAAAACUGAUCCUCCUCCUAAAGAAGUCUAAAAACAAGAACCACCUAAAAAGCCUGAUCCUCCUCCUAAGGAAAUCCAAAAACCAGAACCACCUAAAAAGUCUGAACCUCCUCCUAAGGAAAUUCAAAAACCAGAACCACCUAAAAAGUCUGAGCCUCCUCCUAAGGAAAUUCAAAAACAAGAACCACCUAAAAAGCCUGAUCCUCCUCCUAAGGAAAUCUAAAAACCAGAACCACCAAAAAAGCCUGAACCUAAAUAAGAUCCCCCAAAAAAGCCUGAUCCUCCUCAUAAAGAAAUCCAAAAACCAGAACCACCAAAAAAGCCUGAACCUAAAUAAGAUCCCCCAAAAAAGCCUGAUCCUCCUCAAAAAGAAAUCCAAAAACCAGAACCACCAAAAAAGCCUGAACCUAAAUAAGAUCCCCCAAAAAAGCCUGAACCUCCUCAAAAAGAAAUCCAAAAACCGGAACCGCCUAAAAAGCCUGAACCUCCUCAAAAAGAAAUCCAAAAACCAGAACCACCUAAAAAGCCUGAACCUCCUCAAAAAGAAAUCCAAAAACCAGAACCACCUAAAAAGUCUGAACCUCCUCAAAAAGAAAUCCAAAAACCGGAACCGCCUAAAAAGCCUGAACCUCCUCAAAAAGAAAUCCAAAAACCAGAACCACCUAAAAAGUCUGAACCUCCUCCUAAGGAAAUCCAAAAACCAGAACCACCAAAAAAGCCUGAACCUCCUCUUAAAGAUGUCCAAAAAUCUGAACCUCCAAAAAAAACGGACCCUCCUCAAAAAAAACCUGAACCUCAUCCUGAACCUUAAAAAAUAAUGCCAAAUAAUCAGAAAAUGAUCGAUCCUUAUGCAAUUGAUUUUCCAGAUGAUGAUGAUCCUUAUGAUGGUUUUGAUAAUGAACCUAUUACAAAAGGCUAAUAGUUUAUUUAAUAACCACUAUAGAGAGGACUUAAUCAAUAUGAAUAGCCUUUGAAAAAACCUGGUAGCGAUAUUAAUUUCAACUCUGAAGACGAAAAGGAGAAUCCUGAAGAUAUGCUUGGAAUCUAGUAACUUGGCGAUGAAGGUGAGGAGAUUGAUUAGAUUCUUAUAACCCCAGAAAUUUUGCCCUAAAUAAAUAAGUAUACUAAGGGAACAAAAUAUGGAAAAAAUAUGCCAAUUACAAUGUAAGAAUUUAAUUCUUUUGAAUAUGUUAUUUAAUUGUUUGAAGAUUUUAUCAUUUAAGAUGAAGCUUACUUUUUAGAUUUUGAUGAAACAGCAUAGAUAUUGUUCAUUUUUGAAAAAUUUAUUUCUUAAGAAGAAGAUAUUUAAGAUGAUAUUGAAAAAUUAGAAUAGUAUUUAUAGGGCAAGUUUCUUGAAAAAACUGGAAGACCAAACUUUGGUGAAUAAAAAAACUUUUUCCCAUUUGAAGAUAAUCCAUUUUCGUUCUAUUUAGUUGAAAAGGAUCCCCUUUCAAAAUAAUUAAUAUUAUAUUACGAUGAAUAGCCAAAUGAAGAUCAAAUGGGGGAAGAAUUUGGUCAAUUUUUGGGGAUGUUCCAAUAGCUUUUCUCAUGUGAAGAGUUUGAAAUUUCUCAAGUGAUUCUUCCAAUUUAAUCAAAAAACAAACUUGAUUCAUUUGGAGCUGAUGGCAGAUAUAUAAAGUAUAUGAUGACAGUUUUUACAUUGAUUUACGAGCAAUAAACUCUUUAGACUGAAAUAAUUAUUAAUGAUGACACAAUUGCAAGAGCAUUUUGGGCUUUACAUCAAUCGACUGAAUUAUACACACUAUUGCAGGAUAAUGAGGAAGAUGUUAGAGCUACCUUUUUUGAAAUGUUAGAAUAGGCACAAAAAAAUGAUAAAACUGUUUUAAUUGCAACAAUAGAAGAGCUUUACUCAAAAGAAGGACUCGAAAAUUUAUAAAAUCAAGUUUAAGAGAUAUAUGAUAACUUCACAUAAAAUAAGAUUAUAAAAUAAGCUUUUUUCUCAAUAGAUAUUGUGAUUUAAGAAUAACAAUAAAAGUGUUGUAUGUAUGUUCAUCUACAAAAAGUAUCACAACUUAAUUUUCUAAAGAUUUUUACGCUAUAAAGCUAUGGAGAAUUCAAUUAAUAAAUGCUAAACUUUUUAUUGGUAGAUGAUGGCUUAUUUACAUAAAAAGUUUUCAUCGAUUUUCCAAGACAUAACCUCUUUUAAGAAUAUAGCGAAGUUACGCUUGGAGCAUUUUACCAUCUUGUAGUUAAGAAAAAUUUAAAACCCGAAGAAGCUAUGGCUAAUUUAGUUUUUUCACUAGUUCCAUAUAAUCUAAUUUUAAGAAAAUAAGAAUGA